AUGGUGAAGGAAAUUCCAUCGAGUACGGUGGUAAACCGCGAUGAAGAGUGUUUGAAAAAGUCACUGAUGGAGGUUGUGAAAAGCGAUUCGAGCAAUCUAUGCCGGUUAUGUUUGUCCAAGGAGCAAAAGCUAACACGUGCUUUCUCGGACGAAAGAGGAAUCGACGAUGCGUUGCUGAAGAAAAUUUUCGAUUGCACAACAGUAAAGGUUAAAUUGAAGAACAUUUUCCCAUCUGCCAUCUGUGCAGUGUGUGACCUGAAGCUGAACGAAUUCUACAAGUUUCGGGAGAAAUGCAUCGAAAACGACACGUUUCUGCACAAUCUGCUCGACGAUCGUAUGGCGGUGAAGGAAGUCGAUCAAUCGGUGCCCAUCGUAGACGAGCAGCAAAGCAGGACAAUUGCAAAAAGUGGCGGAAGUGCAGCGGAACAGCAGGCGGCAACAUCAACCACAUCGAUCCCGGAGGCACAGAAACAUAGUAACAGCAGUAGCGAAAUGAUGGCAAUUGCGUUGAAUCAGUUGUCCUCGUUCGGAUUGCGACCAUUGCAGGAUCUGAUGCUGGAAUCGAAUGGUUCGCUGGAGACGUCCGGUGCACUGCUUCCCAAUAGCGGUGGUAAUGUCGUAUCGUCGUCCUCUGCGACAUCCCAAACACACGACACACCGGCACCGUCGCUCAUCUCCUCGAUCGAAUACGUAACGCAGAAAAAACGUCAGCUAGAACAAGAACGCACCUUCGCACUGGCAACACUGGAAAUGGCUGGCCUGCAAGCAAUGCGUAGCCACAGUACCGAAAGCGGUGGAAAGUUCAAAUGUACGGUGUGUAACCGAACGUUCCGCAACGCUUAUACGCUCCGGCGGCACACGAACUUGCACACCGAAACGAACCUAUUCCCGUGCGAGUAUUGUGGUAAGAAAUUCAACGAUCGCUCAAACUGGAAGAUCCAUCAGCGUACGCACACCGGCGAUAAUUUGUACACCUGCCUCGUCUGUCUGAAGACGUUCAUCUCUCCCUCUACGCUCAAGUACCAUCGGAGAUCACACCGGCGGCUCGAAUCGUUCGACUGUCGGCUGUGUCCGGACACGUUCGGCAGCUAUGAUCUGCUGGAGGAACACGCACGUACCACGCACCAGGACAUGCAAGACUUGCAGUCGGAUGAACCAAUGAUCGAUGCGGCCAGCUUCGUUAAGAUUGAACUGGAAGAUGGCGAACUGUCCAGCUCGAUGGCGGUGGUAAACGAUGUGUCCACCACGCGUCUACAGCGCAACGAAGACGCCCGCGAACGACGAUCAAUCGACCGCAGCAGUGUGGAGGAAGUGCAACUUGCGGAGCUGUACCGUACGCAGCAGAUGUUGGAACUUUUUGAAAAACAGUUCCAAACCGAAGCUGCGUCAACCGAGACUGAAAUGGCGGAGCGCGAAAACCCGACGGACUUAGGGACGAUUCAGGAGCUAAAGGAGCAGGAAGCGGCAGCGAUUAUGCGAGAAAUGCAAGCGCAAAUGCAGCCACAGCAAGACGAGGUAGAAGUUAAGGAAGAACCGCUCGAUGAUUCAUUGGAGCUUGAUCCCAGUGAGCUGUUGCAGCAAGCGAUGGAGGAAACAGCGGACGGUAAUGAUGAAGGUGAAAGUGGUGACAAACAGUUCUCCUCGUCGUCGAGUGCAUCCUCAUCUCCGUCGGCAGUGAUACUGUUCCGCUGCGAUUACUGUAUGAAAAUAUUCCACUUCCUUGACGAACUGAACGCUCACAUGAUACUGCACAACAGUGCUAAGGGCAAGGGCGGCAAUGGAGCUGUAAUGCUUGGUUCGGCUGCUACCUCCAACACAUCUGGUGGAGCUCCCAACACCAGUCCCACCGCUCCAUGUUCUUCUGACUCAAUGCCAAUGCUGGCGCUGAUGGGACCAGACGGACCCAUUCCGCUAGUAUCCGGUGGCGGUGUUAAAGGGCCCAAACCGCGCAAGGCCAAAAGACGGCGCAUUCCAGUCGGUCCGGAACAGUCACAUGACGCAGAGAACAGUGAGACCGUAGCUCCUUCGUCACCUCCCGAGCAUCCUUGCUCGAAGUGCCCCAAAAUGUUCCGCACGGAGGAGUUGAAGCGCGUUCAUGAAGCGACACACGCCGACGAUGAACAGGCCAACAAGGUGCGCAGCUGUCGUAUCUGCAACAAGCUGUUUAAAUGCGAGUUAAAUCUGUUGGCGCACAUGCGCAAACAUUCGCUCACGGUACUCCAGGGUGCACCGGCUGAAGGGGAACCGGCGGGAGAUAGCAGUGGAAACGAUGAGUCCUGUUCUUCGUCCUCGCACACCGGUGCUAUAACUGCCUCGUUACUACAAGAACCCGCUCACCACGAUGUACCACCGGCAGAUGAAAGCGAUGAAGGUGAAACGGUUGCCCAAACGUCGGAUGUGGCCUCGUCCGAAAGUGGAGCCGAGGUUGGUGGAUGCGGUGAUUCGGCAUCACUAUCCGCAAACUUUCUUUCCCGUGGUUCGUACCGGAAGUGUGAAAUAUGUGCCAUCACGUUCAAAGAUUCGGUCGCUCUCGACAAGCAUAUGUUGUGCCAUUUCGAGCGCAAGGAAGCGAUCGCGUUCGUGCCGCAAACGGAUCGACCGUUCCAGUGCACCGAGUGCCAGAAAAGCUUCAAGCGAAAGGACUAUCUGCUUAUACACAUACGAACGCACACGGGCGAACGGCGCUACAAGUGUGAUCUCUGCUCGAGCGCCUUUGUGCAUCCGUCGAAUCUGAUCACUCACCGGAAGCUACACUCGAGCGAGCGGCCAUAUCAAUGCACGCUGUGCGGCGCAACAUUCAAGCUGUUCGCUGGACUCAAGAUUCAUCGAAGGCGCUGUGAGCAGAAGCUACCGAAGAGCUGGACCGAUGGUGUGGCACAUGCUGGGUUUGGCGCGGAGCCACACGAAAUGGUCGAUACUGCUGAGCAAGUAACGACCGACAGUGUGCACUAUCCAUUCUGA